AUGUUCAUCUAUGAACUUUAUUUGAUUUUCACUAAGUUUUUAGCGUUUCCGAUCGAUGUAAGCACGGAAAUCUUCUUUGAAGAACAGCCAUUCCCAGUGGUGACCGUCUGCAAUGCGAAUCCAUACAAGUUAUCCGUAAUACAGAGUGACAGCAAACUAGGUAAAAUAAAAACACUCCUGCAAUCCUACAAAGCUGCUGUUGCGAAGACCCUGCCUUCCUCGGAUCCAGGAAACUAUGGACUUUACGAAAAGAUGGUUUUACCGUAUCAGCUCGAUCAACGAGCCCGAGAUGCUCUUGCUCUUGAGGUCGCACAGCUGGAUCAAAACAUUUUGAGACCUGCCUUAUAUACUUUCGAAGAGCUCAUCACGAAAUGCACAUUCUCCGGCAGAACGUGCUCAAGAGCUGACUUCACCGAAAUUGUGGAUCCGAUUUACGGAGCUUGCUAUUCGUUCAACGAAAAUUCUUCCCUGUCCUAUUCUACCAACAGAGCUGGAAUGAAAUUUGGCCUGAAGCUGCUAAUCACUGUCAGCCAAGAAACAACCGGCCUGAUCACCGAUUUCCUUCCAACGACAGGUGUGGCAGGCGCAAGGAUAGCAAUACAUCCACGAGGCUCAAACCCGUCAAUGGACAACCUCGGAAUCAACGUAGGAGUUGGGUAUCAGACUGCCAUUGCACUGACUUCUACAAAAUACAAGCGAAUGAAAAGACCUUAUGGAAGAUGUGUCGAUAAAGAGUCGGACGCGACGAAUUUUUAUACGAGAAUAUUCCAGUCAUCAUUUCAGGACAAAACCUAUUCGCUGGACACUUGCUUCUUUGGCUGCCGUCAAAGAGACACGGUAGCCAAGUGUGGCUGCGCCAAUCCUCGCUAUCGCAAGACAUCGUCACUGACCUACUGUGAACCAACCAAGACUAACUUGGAUUGCCUACAAAAUCUUCGCGGUGAUCAAGCAUCAACUACAUCACCGAAUAUUUGUCCAUUGACUGAAUGCUCGUGUGAUCCACCUUGUUCGGAAAUUACGUAUUCAACGACAGCAAGCAUAGCUAAAUUCCCGGCUGCAAACUAUUACGUUGCUACGGACAACGUCAGAGGAGUCGGAGGAAGCUGCGACGAUUUGAACAAGAAUUUUGCUGGGGAUGUGCAAAAUUGUCGACUCUGGUACGAGAACAAUGGACUACUGUUACAAGUGUUUUUCGAAACACUUAAAUACGAAUCGUACACUGAAGGAGCGAGUUAUGGGAUAUCCGGUGCAUUAAAUGACCUUGGAGGUCACGCUGGUUUGUGGUUAGGAUUAUCUGUGAUUUCUAUAGUGGAGGUAUGUGGUCUGAUUGCUCUACUUGUGAUGUACUGUGUGACUUGUGGAGGGAUAAAAAUUCGUCCCGACGAGGGUGAUAUUGCAGCAGAUCAUCGGAUUCAGGAUAUCGAGGAGGUGAAGAAAGAACUCGAUAUUGCGGAUAAGCAUGACAAGGAUCUAGAGCUAUCGGAAGACGAGGACCUGAAGUCUCCACGAAAGGAUGAAGAUGCAAAACAGAAAUGA